AUGGGUGAAGCCGAUGAAACACAGUUCGGGUUCUCUUGGUUUCGGCCGAAAAGUCUCCAAGUCUUAUCGAAUUUCAUUCCGUUCAUGAUCAUUCUAUCAAGUAAUGCACUUUUACAAGGAGCAAUUGUCAAUGGAUUAGUGUCUGUUUCGAUUAGUUCCAUUGAGAAAAGAUUCAAACUUACCUCAACACAAAGUGGAAUCUUCGCCGCAACAUAUGACGUAUUUGUUACAAUCAUGCUCAUCCCACUUGCACUUUACGCAACGAAAGUGAACAAGGUGAAAUGCAUCGGACUUGGCAUGAUGAUUGUCGGCAUUGGAAGUAUUCUGGUUAUCAUUCCGGAAUAUACAGCUGGACCAUAUUCCGUUGGUGAAGCGAGAAAAGAUGUUUGUGUCACUGGCGGACCAGACAAGAAAUGCUCCGAAGGAAGUAGCGAUUCUUUUUCUGCACACCGUGAGCUUCUUCUCCUCCUCCUCUCUCAAGCGUUUGUUGGUAUUGGAGCCAGUCCACUAUUCACUUAUGGUAUUACCUGUUUGGAUGAAUUCGAUUCACACAAGCGAACAGGAAGAAAUCUAGCUCUCUACAUGAUCGCCUCAACUGUCGGACCUGCUCUCGCAUUUGUUGGAUGUGGAUUCAUGCUGCGGUUGUGGGGAGAUUGGAGAACUUCGCCCGCAGACAUGGGAAUCGAUGGUGCAGCAGAUCCUCGGUUCAUUGGGAUGUGGUGGAUUGGUUUUGUUCUGUGUGGAGUUAUUGCACUUUUCACUGCUUUCCCAUUGCUCAUGUUUCCGAAGAGGCUCAAGGACACCGGUCUUCGAAAAGCUAACGACGUCCACCGGACCGAUGCUUCACUUGACAAGGAUUUUUCUGACCACAAAUAUGAAUUCUUCAAAAUCAUUCUUAUGCUUCUUAAAAACAAAACUUGCAUGUGUGUCAUCCUCAUGCAAACUAUUGAAGCUAUGCUUAUGAAUGGAUACAUCACUUUCAUCCCAAAACUUCUUGAAACUCUUCUUGGAUUCUCAUCAGGAAACGCUAGUUUAAUCACAGGAGGAGUAGUUGUUCCAGUCGGUAUUGUCGCUAGCUACAUCGGUGGAAGAAUUGCUAAAGUAUUCGAAAAUCGCUUUAAACCAUCAAUGUAUUUUGUAAUGACGUUUGGAAUAUUGGCUGCCGGAUGCAGUAGCUGCCUUUUGAUCCGAUGUGAAUCCUUGAACGUUUUUGGAGUGAAUGUUCCUUCUGCAGACCUUCCAAAGUUUGGAGCUCUAGAGACAUGCAGCGAAAACUGUCACUGUGAUCCUUUCUUCAAUCCAGUGUGCUCCGAAGAGAGCAAGCUCACUUUCCUUUCCCCAUGUCAUGCUGGAUGUGCAGAUUCACCGGACAUAAAGUUUGGAGCUCAAAACUGGACGAAUUGUGGAUGCUCAAAGAACACGAUUGUCAAGAAGGGAUACUGUGACGCUUCCUGUCAGAAACAGAUCUAUCAAUUCAUAAUCAUGUUCAUCGCUCUCUCCUUCUGCAUUUUCAUCACUGCACCAGUUUUGCAAAGUUCUUCCCUUCGAGUUGUGAAUCACAAGCAUCGAGACCAUUUCACAUGUUUUGGAUGGUUGUGGAUGAGAAUUCUCGGAAGUAUUCCUGGAGCAAUUGUUUUUGGAUACAUCAUUGAUGUCAAUUGUAUGUAUUGGCAAAAAGAUUGUGUCUCACAAAAGUGUCAAUACUAUAAUGCGUCCAAUUUGGGAUGGGCUUUCUUUAUCUUCACUAUCGCCGUCAAGCUGACCGGGGGUGUGUUACUGUUUAUGGCCGCCUACUUCUACAAAGAAUCCGACAAACCAAGUGGCAAAGAAUCGUGCCGCACAUUAGACACCGACGCUUCCGAAUCAGUGAAGAUGUCGUAUGAAAAGUUGUUGUGUCGUGGUGUGUCUUCUACUUCUUCUUCAGUUAUUCAAUGUGUUCCUUAUCUUCAGUUCACGGGAUUUUUUCUCAAAAACUCUUUCAAAACUCGUCUUUAA